AAUUUCUUUCGGAGGUUCAGUUGUGUGCGUAGGAGCAGUGAGUGAGCAUGUGUUACUCUGACCUGGCGAUUGCCACCACUCGAGCCGAGUCCUUUUAUUUCUGUUUUCAUUAGUUUUCGCUAAGCGAUAGCAGGUCCUAUCAAACCGCUAUUGCUGCUAUCAAUAAUGCGCGAACGAAACCAAUGACGUCACCUGAGCAACCUUUGCCGAAGACAGCUCUAGAGAUCAGUGACUCAUUCAGACAGGCGCCGAAAUUUGAAUGAAAUAUCGGAGGAACGAUUGGACACGUGACCACGUAACAAUGUUGGCUGGUUACAAACGGAAGACGCGUCAAGAAAUCUUCGAGCGACAGUUGCGAUAAUAUGACACGAUACCUCGACGAUACUGUGCGCAGCUGCGAUCAGUAUAGCAAGAAAUGACGUUCAAGCUGAAUAGAAAAGAUAAAUGAGACAUUUCAAGUCAUUAAUAGGAUAUAUAUACGUAAAAUUUAUGGAAAUAUCUUUCGACAAAAUCGAGCAUGAUUAUAAGCAAUAACAGAAAAGUUAUAUGAAAAAAAAACUUUGUUUUGCACAAAAUAAAAUAGUUUUGGAUUUUAUGUCUGUAACGAGGGACAUCGAUUUAAGAGGUUAAAUAAGAAUUCUCCGCUUGUGUUAUGUGUAAUUUAGUUCAUUCGAGACCCUAAUCAGCAAAAAAAAUUGAAAAACUCUACAAUUCAAAUGAAACAAAACACAAGAGGCCAGGAACUUUCAUAACCAAGUUGCGACAAAUUCAACAGCCGUAAGUGAACAGUCAAAUAAAACAUUGUAAUAUUCAGAAAAAAAAAUGAUUAACGAACAAACAAAAGAUAAAUAAAAGCCGCACAGAAACUGACGUGGUUAACUAGCGUUAAUCAUCGCUCAAAAUGGGAUAAAACAGGAUGCUAACGAAGUCGAGGAUACGCGGUGUCGACAUUAGGCCGUUUGGCGGCAUCGGCGUCUAGAAAUCGAGCGAGUGUUUUCUUUUUUUUCUCUCUCUCUUUUAAUAAUGCUUUCGACAAACCCUGGCCAGUGUCUGAGUCAGCAGUGCGUGAGUGAGUGUCGAGUAGUGUUUGUUGCUGCAGAUGGCAUUUGACUGAGAAGAGCGUUUCUGAGAAUCAUUAAUAGCUGACGAUUAGGUACGGAUUUCUAUUAUUCGUCGUCAUGGGAUGGGAUGUUCGAGGGACCUGGCACUGACGCGAACACUGGUCUACAGUGAAGGUGUGAAAAGUACCUGGCGGCAUUAGGCCGGAUUUCGAGGAGCUUAACGUUCAACUUUGCAUAAUUUUGAUUUCCGAGCCGAACCCAAUGUGAACACUGGCGAGAUUUAACUUUGAACUCCAAGGAGACAUAACCUCGAACCUCACGAAAAUGCAGACUUCGAAAACUCAUCGAACCUCUAGUUGACCCUCUCCUCCGCCAUCGAAGACUCCAUUUUAGAAGAAAUCCUACCCUCUGGUCUGCCCUCUGUGGUGCUCAUUACCGCCGAUUGGCCACUGGAAAUAAACAUGACAAUAUCGCUGCAACUAUAACCAGAAUGGAACCGUACAGGACCACUAUUAGAGAUGACGCAUCGACGGCAGCCCUCUCGCUGGAGAUGCCCAAAACCUGCGACCUCUUCGCCACCGCCCUGCAGGGCCUCUGGUUGUGGGUCCUCUUCUUGGCAUUCCUCUUCAGGGGCCUGUGUGCCAGAUCUGCAGUGCCCAGACCGGCUUCCCUCCUUCCAGCGCACAACUGCAGAACAGUGGCAGCUCUGUGCAUCGCUCUGAUUCAGACGGCCAGCUUCGCGGACGUCCUCUGGAGGUUCCACAGGUCCUCCGACCCGCACGUCCUGCUGAUUCCUGCUGCAGGCCUCACGCUCGUCACCUCCUUGGCUACUGCCGGCUUCUACCACGCCACGGAGAAAUGGUGCGCCCCUGGGUACGUCUGGGUGUGCCUCUGGGUCUGGAUCUUCCAGGUGGCGCUGGGGAUGUGGAGGGUCUGGCAGAUCGCUCGAAGUGGGAUGCAGAUGAUUCUCGUGUAUCCCUGCUUGACCAUUGCCAACACGAUCACUGCUGCUUUUAUACUGUCUCUGGAUCUCUACACAGUUAUGUUGUGGACUUACCGCCAGCGCAGAUGCGAAGUGCUGGAAAUCACCCCGGGACUGGACGACGCAGCCACCCUGGGAAGUGCCCCUAGCGACGGAGACUCCACGGGUAAAGGAGAAGGAAACGCGGGUAAUACAAAUGCCUCUGGGGGCAUCACCUACGCCCACCCGAGGUGCUCGCUGGCCUCCAGAGCGACGUUCCUGUGGUUUCUGCGGGUCCUGAAGCUUGGCUGGAAGCGCCCUCUGGAAUUCACUGACCUCGGCAAGUUACCCAGAGAGGAGGAAGCCAACUAUCAGUACGAGAGAUUCCACAGAUGCUACAACGAGCAAAAGAUGAAAACCUCCGUCAGUCACACCCAACGACGCGAUGACGUCAGCCUCUGGCGGGUCUUCUUCGUCGUGUACUGGCGGGAGAUGCUGGCGGGAGGAAUCCUGAAGUUCCUGGGCGACAGCGUCAACUACGUAGGACCUCUGGCCAUCUCGGCCAUCGUCAUCUACGUCAGCAGCGUCCAGGAAGGGCAGCGCCGUCCCGAAGGAGUUGUUCGUGAUGGGUUGUACUACGUGGGGUGGCAGGAACUCAUGACUAACGGGUGGGUGGUGGCCUGCAUGGCCCUGGCGGCAUCUCUGGCCCAAUCUACCUUCAGCCAGGCCUCUACCCACCUGCUGGCCAUGGAGGGCAUCCACGUGAAGGCGGCUCUGCAGGGCAUGGUCUACCACAAGUCUCUCCGCCUGCCCUCCACCUCGGCAGCUGAGCCUAAUUCGCCCCAUGACGAAAGCGAAGAAGACACCAGGCAUAAGAGAGGAGGGAGCAACUCUUCUUCCUCCUCAUCCGGCGUAGGAGGAGGCCGGAACGCCUCCAGUUCCAACACCACCGCCACCACGACGACGAGUGGGCACGCAGGCACAGUCAUCAACCUGAGCUCCGAAGACGCCGAUAAUAUCAUGACCUUCUUCAUGCACUGCCACUACAUAUGGGCCAUUCCUUUGAAGAUUGUUGUGAUUUUGGUGCUGCUGUGGUUCCAGCUGGGCUUAGCGGCAGUCGUGGCUGCCGUUAUCGGCAUUCUGUGCCUGACGCCCUUGCAGUUCUUUCUGUGCAAGAACAUAGCCGCCGUCAACAAGAAUUUCCUGAGCGUGAGCGACGAACGCCUUCGUCAGACCCACGAAUUAGUGACGGGCGUCAAGCUGGUGAAACUGCACGCCUGGGAAAACGUGUUCGUCAAGAGAAUCACCAAAGUCCGAGAGAAGGAACUCGGCCUCUUGUACUGCGACUCUAUCCUCCGAGCCCUCAUGACCUUCUUGACGCAAGGAUCCGGAGUGGUGGUGUCCCUGGUAACCUUUGGUCUAUACUCCCCUCUGGAAGGCGUCGCCCUGGAGCCCUCCAGCGUCUUCUCGGGCCUGGCCCUCUUCCAGCAGCUCACUGUUCCCCUCUUCAUCUUGCCCAUCAUCGUGUCGCAUUCGAUCAGAGCUAAGAGCAGCGCACAGCGCCUCCGGGAGUUCUUCAGUCUGCCGGAAGUGGAGGGUCCCAAGACCCCCAGGACGUCCCUCAUAUUCAGCGGCCAAAAGGAGAGGCUGUCGAGAACUGGCAAAAGUCCGAGAAACUCGAAGGAUGAGAAAAUCCUCAAGGGGGCCAGGUUCACCCCCCUGGAGCAGCUCUUGGAGGACACCCGGCCGUCGUCAACGUAUUCGAACGCGUCGACGGACUCGGCUUGGUCUUGCAAAAGGGAUAAGGAAAACAGGAGAAUCUCGGCCUCCGGCGAGAUCUGCAGCAGCGAUUCGGAGGAGGAGAGAGAAUUCGAACGUUGGAAGAAGAGGAAGAGUGUGCUGGAGAAUGAGGGUCGCAGUGUUGCAGUCAGCAUCCAGGGAGGUUCCUUCACCUGGGACAACAGGAAAAAGCUGACUCUUCUGGACAAUGUCAACGUGUCUAUCCCUGCAGGAGGACUGACCGUGGUGAUUGGCAGCGUAGGAUCGGGGAAGACGUCCUUACUCCAAGCCCUCCUCGGGGAGAUGGUGACCUUGAAGGGCCAACUCAGGUGGACUGGGGAAAUGUCAGUAGCCUACGUCUCGCAGCAUCCUUGGCUCCUGAACGCCACCCUGAGGGAUAACAUCCUCUUCGGGCGUCGCCUCCUGGCGAAGAGGUACCAGAGGGUCCUGCAGGCCUGCGCCCUCAAGCCGGACAUCGAGAUACUGCCUGCGGGCGACCAAACCGAGAUCGGAGAGAGGGGCAUUAACCUGUCGGGUGGGCAGAGACAGCGAAUAGCCAUCGGGCGGGCACUGUACUCUGAUGCCCGAACAGUCAUCAUGGACUCGCCCUUCUCUGCCCUGGACAGGGGCGUGGCAGCUCAGGUGUGGGAGGAAGGCGUCCUGAAAUUGUUGCUUUCCCGCAGGAGGACGGUCAUACUUGCCACCCAUCUGACUCACCUCGCAAGACGUGCUGAUAAGGUGUUGUACCUUGAGGGAGGCAAGAUCAAAUACCAGGGGUCUCCUGCAGAGAUAGCAGCUUCUCUUCCUUCUUUCUGGAAGGAGUGGAUAGUCGACGAACCCCUGAGGACGUCGGAGAGAGGACACCUGGAGGGUAGGACUGCCAGGGAGCGAUGGAAAUUGCUGCGGACAGUGACAAGGAUCACCAUACAGAGAGCCUCCAUCUCCCGGGCCCUCAGGAGAGAGGGGAGAGAGGAGAGCAAGGAGCCUCACUACUGGGAGAGCCCUGUGAGACACUACAGCAUCAACCGACAUGUCAGUCACAACGCCCUGCUCCCAGGGGAUGAAUGUGAGUAUCUGCCUGCCCUUACACCUCCUCUCCCCAGGCACGCUUCCAUGAUGGAAAAGAAGCCCCUCUUCAGAAUCAAAUCGAGCGCUCCAGCCCUAGGCCGCAAAGGAUCUCAGCCACCCCAGAAGUGUCUUCCAAGACACGCCAAAAGUCUCCCUCCUCAGCCCAGGCCCCUACAGAGAAUGAGGUCGUCCCCAGCUGUAGUUCCCCAUGGCAACAUGCUGCAGAGGCUCUUCUCCAGUGCCUCCAUAAGGUCGAACAAGAAACCCAGCACUUCUGGCUCAGACAAGUGGCAUCUCGGCCGCAUCCUUACUUCCAACAGUAUAGGCGAGGACGACCUUGAGGAGGACCUAGAGCUCGAAGAAGAGGUUCCCUUAGCUGACGACGUGGAGAAUGGGAAACUUGUCUCUGAGGAGGAGAGGGAGAGAGGAAAGAUUUCCAAAUGGAAUUAUGUGGUCUACAUGAGAGCUUGCGGCUUAGGCUUAUGUUUGAGUUACCUGAUCUGUGCAUUUGCUGGACAAGGAGUAUCCGUGGGCUUAGACUUUUGGCUGGAAAAAUGGUCAGGGAGAGCUAAUGCCUGGAAUGCAACACACCAAGAUAACUGGAAAGAGCCCCAGUCUCUCCUGGGAAGGCAGACUCCUCGAGAGGAGAUAACUCAGAAUAUUUCAGAGCUUUACAGUGACUUUGUUAAGGAAACAAUGCACGAUCACUACCCCAUCUACGCGACCCUCUCCGUACUGAGCAUCUUCCUCUCGCUCUCCACGAACCUCCUGGGCCAAGUUGCAGCGGGGAAUGGGCGGAAGAAGAUCCAUCAGGAUAUGCUAAUGAACAUAGUAUCCUGCUCCAUCAGAUUCUUCGACGUGACGCCCGCUGGGCGCAUCAUGAACCGCUUCACCACCGACACUGCCAUGAUUGAUAAAGAAUUGGCGAGGUCUGUGACGCACCUCCUGUUCUUCGUGCUGUUGGUCACAUCUGCCGUCGUUGUCAACGCCAUCAUCACUCCCGUUUUCUUGGUUGUAGCUGUUCCCAUAUGCUUCAUUUACUAUUUCAUUCAGAAGUUCUUCCGGUGCUCUUCCAGAGAGUUAAAACGGCUGGAGAGCCUUUCCAGAUCGCCCCUGUACAGCCACCUGAGCGAGAGCGUCUGUGGAGCAACUGUCAUUCGAGCAUAUGGUGACCAGCAGAGAUUUGCCGACGUUUUCCUGCAUCGACUCGACACCCACGUCUUAGCCUUCACCUUGCUGCAUGCUGGAAACAGGUGGCUUGGUAUCAGCCUGGAUUACAUCGGCGGCAUCAUUGUCUUCUUGGCCACGCUGGCGUCCCUCCUGUGGUCGACUGUCUUUGGUGACCUGAGCCCCGCCAGAGUGGGCUUAGCAAUCAGCUACACGCUUCUGGUGCCCGUCUACCUGAACUGGGUUGUGAGGUUCCUAGCGGACACAGAGAUGUGCCUCAAUGCUGUCGAGAGGGUUCACCAAUACACAACCCUCGGGACAGAAGAAAGCCCUUAUGCUAAGCGUCGCCAUCGAUCACUCUCUCCUGCCAACAACCAACACUCCAGUGGCAUCAGCUCCAUCAGCUACCGUUCCACGAGGUCUGCCUCUUAUUCCACGCUGAAAACUUUCACUCUUCCCCAAGGGUGGCCUCUGGAGGGAAAGGUCGACUUCCAGAACGUGACCUUGACCUAUGACAGGACACUUGAGCCCGUCCUGACCGAACUCAACUUCUCUAUCCGAUCGGGGGAGAAGGUUGGUCUGUGUGGCCGCACAGGGAGCGGGAAAAGCUCACUGAUCUUGAGCCUGUAUCGCCUGGUGGAGUGCCUGAGGGGGAGGAUCCUCAUCGACGGAACAGACAUCCAGCACGUCCCCCUGGCGACGCUUCGGGGAUCCAUCUCCGUCAUACCGCAGGACACUCAUCUGUUUUGUGGGACUGUGAGGUUCAACUUAGAUCCACAAGAGCAGCAUCCAGACGAACACCUCUGGCAAGCCCUGGAAACGGCCCAGCUUAAAGCGUUGAUUUCGUCUAUGCCUAACGGCCUCAACAGCGAAGUAGCCGAAGGCGGCACUAAUUUCAGCGCGGGGCAAAGGCAGCUAUUCUGCGUCGCGAGGGCAAUCCUACGAAGGUCGUCGCUCCUCGUCCUCGACGAGGCCACCUCUGCCCUCGAUGCCAACACGGAAAGGGCCCUCCGCCAUGCCCUUGACACUUCCUUCUCUCGGGCGACUGUUAUCACCAUUGCUCACGGAGUGAACAGCCUACUUGAAUACCCAAGAGUUCUCGUCUUGGAAAACGGGAAGCUGGUCGAAGAUGGUGACCCGAAGGAACUAUCUAAGAAAGAAAACGGAGCCUUUGCCAAACUUCUCAAAGCAGCUAAUGAGCCUACGAAACCUUGAGAAUAACAACACUACCUAGGAAGAAUAUUUCCUACGCCUGAAAAUUGACUGCGUGUUCCAUAACGAACAUUACGCUUUACGUCUCUGUGAAUUACGUUUUCUGCCAAAAAAUCAUUUUUUCAUGAUGUUGGGACUUUCUAAGCUCGUAGAAUUGUGUUUACGAAGUGAGUCACAUUCUUACUUGGGAAAGUUUUCUUGAAGUAAAGAAUGACAAUGGUACAAAGAUCGUAAUAGUGAUUAGAUAUUUGGUGCUGAUAUUUGACUGACAGCUGAACGUCAUACAAAAAGUAUUUACCGUGUCAAUGGUUUAUAAUAAGGCAGUGCCUUAGUGAAGACAAACUCAAAUGAAGGACACACUUUGUGAAGUUUUCUCUGUUUGUAAAUAUGUAAAUAAUAUCUAAAGAGCUGUAUAUAUGGUUAUUGUAUUUGUAUUUCAACAUUACAAAUUCCUAGCUGUUUAACAAGAUCAGCUUUUAAAUUCCUGUGAUCUUACUGUUCAAAACAUGAUGGCAUUAUUGUAAUAUUUCAAAAGUUUCUAAAUGUUUCUGACAAACUGUGCUCUGCGGACUUCACUUGUUGUUGAUACCAUAGCGCCAGGUACACUGUUUUCUUUUGAUAAUUCAAUAAAAGGAAGACUCGAGAA